GCUUUUGCUUUCCCCAUUGCAGGGGUCUCUCCAGUCUCAACUCCGGCUCUGGAUGCUCAUCUGGGAAUGAACCACCAUCCCAUGCUGCCCUGCCCUGGAGAAGAGAAGGAGUCCGAAACGGCUCCUCCUCUUCCUGGACCGCCCCUUUUCUACCACGAAGCCACAUCUAGCCACGUGGCCAUCACACAGGAGCCUGGCAGGACUGUGAGCCAAUCAGAAAGCAGGCAGCAGGACAAUAUCAGUCCAGUAGAACAGCCUAAUCCAUCUUCUUCCAGCAGAGGGUAUCAGAGGGCAUUAUGGCUUUCUGAUAGGACCCAGCAAUCUCCGGACAAUUCCCCUAGUGAGCCCCUGAAAACUGACAUGAGGAGUCCUUUGAGAGAAGCGGAGGCUGUUGUCUCAGACCGCGAAAGCCGUAGCAACAUAUUCUAUGAAGGUGGAAGCCACAGCCGAGCUAAGGUGGCCUCCCCUGACACAACCACCCCUCGCCGCCCCCGCAUGAGCGCCCAGGAACAGCUCGACAGGAUGCAGCGGAACCAAGAAGCGCAAAGGAAAUCAGAAGCCGCCCAAACCAACCCUUUGGGUCACUGGCGAGACUCUCUCAAGCGGGGGUCUAGCCGGCCCCUCCCCAACACCCCCCCUGAGCCAUCACCCAAAGAGGGCGUUCAGACUGGGGGAUCCAAGCCUCGAUACCCCCCGACCCCUGAAUGGGAGCGACAGAGAGUAAUCCAGCUUUCCUAUGCGUUGGCAGCAGAGGCUUCGCAGCGAGGGAAACGCAUCACAGGAAGGACCAGUUCCCACUCCUCCUUAGACAACAUUCCUGGGUCGCGUGACGGUCUGGACCAUCAUCACCUCCCCAGCGACAGUAACUCUGAUGAACUAGAACUCAACACCGUGGCAUCCAAGUACAACCAAGCGACUACUCAGAACCUAAGCUGCUGCGACUCCCAAGCGGCCAAUCGCACACUGCCUUCAUCCCAGACGCCCAAUCACGCAUCAUGUGCUCCAGAAACUUCCAGUUGGCCAUCGCCACCCCCGGAGGAGGCCAAUCAGGUGUCUUCACACUCCAAGGUUCCAAAGGCCACGUCGCACCACCCAGAAUCGACCAACCAGCGGUCUCUAAAGAGUCCGACUUGGGUCGCGCCGUUGCCUCCGUCAACCAAUCGGAACUUCUCUGCCUCCAGAACAGCCAAUUGGGAUUCACCUCCGUUUUGGGACUGUGAAGUGUGGGCACAUGAGCAAAGCCUUGCAAACAAGCAGGGCCCAAGCAAUGGCAAGUGCCUUGGUUGGAGAGGGGAGAAGAAGUCCCAUCAGGUGGUGGCGUACGUUCAUGAGACUGCACACCCUAUCAAGGUCACGCUGGUGAAAUCCAGUUUUUAGAGCCAGCGUGCAGGUGGCAGGAACACAGAAAUGGGCCCUGAUGCCUCCGGCAACUUUCCCCGUCUAACAGAAACACGGUGAAAGAACAGGUACGAGGCCCAUACAGUCGGCCAUCUGACAGAGCGCUCAUAUCCUCCGAAGGGUUCAUGACCUCGUAGCUUUGCCUUAAAGCUCUUGGUUUCAAUCUCAAGGAUCUGGAUACAGUCUUGGAAACCUUGUGAUGUCCGCAUAUGCGCAAAUAUUGAUGUUAAAGCACACAGAACACCCCGUUUAUUAAGGAAUGUGCAUUUAUCCACAGGGACGCAAUACUAGCCUAUUGCUAUCAUACUAAUUUGCACACCCAAGUGUAGAACCAUGUUUUACUGGGCAAAGUGUGUUCACUCAACUGGGUACGUGCCUCCAAACACUGAUAUUCCUGCUUUUUAAUAAUUCCCACCUUUGCAUCCGUUCAGGCCUUUUCCUGAGGUAUAUGUUACUGCUUGGGUAAUAAUAAUAAUAAUAAUAAUAUUUAUAUAGAAGAAGAAGAAGAAGAAGAGUUUGGAUUUAUAUCCCCCCUUUCUCUCCUGCAGGAGACUCAAAGGGGCUCACAAUCUCCUUGCCCUUCCCCCCUCACAACAAACAUAUAUAGAGCUUUAAGUGUUCAAAAUGCGUCACAUGCAUUAUUGUGUUCAGAAUCCUUACAGCAGUCUUGUAAGGUGGGCCAGUAUUAUCAUUCCCCAUUUUGUGGAUGGCGGGAAGCUGAGAAAGCGUGGUCUACUUCAGGACCCCGAAUGAGGUCUUAGAAGAGGCAUAAUUUGAACUGGAGACCUUCUCUCCGCUUCUUCUUACAGGCUGAUUCUGCUAAUGCAAUUUACUGGAGCACACAAAACUUUAAAAAGUGUUCCCAACCAUAAAUGCUGAUCUUAUUUGUACGUAGCAGGUGAAUGACCUGCAGGGGGGAGGAAAACAUGUCUCCAGCAGACGACCCCCCUACCUCUAAA